GUACCGUGCGCGUAACUCUCCUGCUUAAAGUGGUGAUUUGUCCGCUGCGCAGGAGUAGGUUCGCGCAUGCGCGGGGAAGACGCGCAGAAUUUAAAAUCUCCAGAAAAGUGUUUAGUUAGAGAAGAGGGUCGCGUUGCUUGGUAGGGCGGUUUAAUACCUUAAAUAUUGAGAGGUAAAUACUGUAUUUUGGUAUCCUUUUUAAUAAAUAGACACUAAACGGAGGAUUAGAUCAGUGUUGGUUUAUUUAGAACAAAAUACAAUUACGAAAGCUAUUUUUUUCGCACUGCAAUGGACCCCUUUGUUGAGAAAAUUGUGGAGCGCACACAUGCCAGACAGUUGGCUUUAGACAAGAAGAUUGUAGAGCAAAUUGGACAAGAGAAGAUGGGAAUGAUCCGGCAGCCAAUGAAGAGACUGAGAGACCCGCUGUCAGAGAGUGGGGACAGUAAAGAGGAGGUACACUCUGACUCCUCAAAGAGGUGCUGUUGUGAAGUUUUGGGAGAUGAGAACCUGAGCCCCAAGGAGAAGAUGCUGUCACCCUCCAAGUCCUGUCGCCGCUUUGCAGAGAUGGAAGUGAAACCAGACACCCCGGCCUUAACCUCUGUUAAGACACGCAUCAACAAACUGGCCACUCAGCGCAGGCAGUGGGACUCUCAAGAUGAUGAUGAUUAUGCAGAUUACCCCUCCCCUGUAUACUCCUCGAGUCACACCCCUGUGGCACUGGAGGUGAAGUUGGUUUCUAAGCCUGGAGUCUCCAAGGGACGAACGGGCCGGCUGGCUGACCUGGCCUCUGCUAUUAGCUCAUGGGAGGAUGACUUUAGCAUCCCAUCAAAGUGCAGCACUGAAAAGGAACUCCUGGUGGAAAGUGUGGUGCAACCAGUGCUGGAGACUCCCUCCAAACAUGAAGAUUGUGAGGAUAUUCAAAGCCUCCCUGAUGAGGAGGGAAAUGAGGAUUCUGAACUCCAACUCGGACAUAGUGUGACAGAUAGCAAUGCAUUUAGUACGGUGCUUGAAAAGUUUGAGUCGUAUCCGAGGCAGGGGGAGCCUUCGCCUGCGUUCCACAGACGUCGUUCGCUCUCCUCCUCGACCCGUGCAAUCCAAGAGAGACUGCUCAAUGACACUACUCCCAGCCUAUUCAUGGCAAGCCUCCUCCGCAAGGAGCGGGAAGAGGAGCUCUCUUUGGUGAGGAUGCAGCCUAACAAUGAAAAUCUCUGGCUCAGAAAGAAUGGUGCUGGGUCUGGCUUCAGGGAGACUAUUGGGGUUGUCUCUGGUGUAACUCGGCUGAUAAAACGGAUCAAGAGAAACCAAUGGCCACCUAAUAUUCCCUUAUAUCCAGUCACUGAAACUGAAGAAUCUGAGGUUGGAAAAAUGGAAACUCUGGAUAGCAGCAGCAAGUACCACUUGAACCAGUCUGUGGACAAGGUGGAGGUGUCCUCCAUCGAGGUGAAACUCCGCUCGUUUUCCAGUGAAAGUCUCCUAAUUUCAGAAGAUGGAGUUGACUCUGCAGGCGAGGCAGAAAAAGAGGAACUGACUGAAAAUGGAUCUCGGUCACUCAAGAAAGUGACCUUCGCCCCGGAAACGGUUAUACACUUGCCAUGUGUUGAGUUGGAUUCUCGGGAGAGCGAGAUGGAAGAAGUUGACAGAGUUUCAGGAGCAGAAUUAUCUUCCCAGGAGGAGGAGAUGAACAGUUCUGAGGUGAUCGAUCAGAUUUUUGAGGGACUGUUGGAUGACAGCGAGGAAGUGGAGGAAACGGAUAAGGAUGUUGAGGUGAAGAUGAACGAAGUCCCGGAGAUUGAGAGUAAAGAGGGCAGCAUGGAAACUCCUCCAGAAAGUAAGAAGGAAAGUCUGGAAACAGAGAAGAUUGUGAUAUCCGAGCAAGACGGGAGCAUGGUAACAGCAAUGAAGGACAGUGAAGAAUGGAAUAAUGUGGAUGAGAAAGAUGAGCUAACUAUUCCUACCUCCAUUCUUUCUCCUCUUGCUAAAUCUGUGGCGGCUGUAGUCACACCAAUGAGGCUGGUGCUGCAUGACCUGGCUGAACCCAUACCAUUCUUCCAGGACCUUGGCCAAGAAAGUGAUGCCCAGCCAGCAGAGGAGACUGCACCCCUGUACAGUAUUGAUGCCUACCGAACCUUGCGGCGCAGUGCUGCGUACCAGAGCGUGACCCCUGUGAACCGGAGGAAGGCCGCCGAACGGGCCUUGGGCAGUCGGUCUUUGAAUGUGAAGGAGAAGAUUAAGAUGCUGAAUGGAGAGAUUGGCACCCUCCAGACCAUCAUCCAGCAGGCAAGCCAGGCCCUGAACUGCUGCACUGAUGAGGAGCAUGGGAAGGGCUCUCUGGAGGAGGCUGAAGCUGAGAAACUGCUGCUGGUGUCCUCGGAGAAGCGCCUGUCCCUUCUGUCUGAGCUGAGCCGUCUGAAGGGCAUGGGCUCGCAGCAGCAAGGGACAGAGCCCAGCACCAAGAUGCCCUGCAGAGGAACCCUCUCCAUCUCUAACCUGCGUCUGCCCCUGAAGGUGGAGUUUGUCUGCUCUGCACUCGCCAAGACAGGAAAGCCAAGCCACUAUUUCUUUGUUCUGAUCCGUUAUGGGUCCAGUAACAUAGUCUCCACCCCUCUGGCCACAGCUGUUGAUGCACAGAAGGGCGACACCAUUGCCUUUCCCACUUCCAUCACUUUACAAGACAUUCGCUCCAACUUUGAAAUUGAUGUAGAGGUCUACAGCCUGGCCAAGAUGGGCCAUUCCCUUACAAUUGAAAAAAGACGACCUUCAAGAUCCAAGGUUACCCCCAAGAAGCUGCUCACAUCUAUGACUAAAUCCAGUAAUAACUCACCAGCAGUCAACAUCCCUGUGAUGACAAACACUGUUCGGACCAGUACCUUCUCAUUAGUGGGAUCGCACAAAAUCACACUGGCCUCCCUGGGCAGGAACAAGUUUCCCCUGGAUAAGAUAAAGUUUGAUGGAAAAGUCAGGCAGUUGCUGGGAGAUGAGUUUCAAGAAAAGGUUCCAUUUCUGUCACCACUCGAAGGAAACAUCCACCUGCGUCUGGAAUGCCGAAUCCACUCAACCAAUGAGCACAAGGGCUUCCUGACCAUGUUCGAAGAUGUCCAUGGAUUUGGAGCAUGGCACCGCCGCUGGUUCUCUUUCAAUGGGAAAUGCAUUUCCUACUGGAAUUACCCUGACGAUGAAGGUAGCAAGGAGGCAAAAGGGUGUAUUAACCUGACCAACUGCACCAGCAAGGAGGUGGUGUCUGUGAAAAGAGAUUCUUGUGCCAGACCAAAUACUUUUGAGCUGAUCACAGCAAGACCGCAGCAGAAGGACAACCAAAAGAUGGUCAGCCAAGUUCACAACACGGUUUUCUUCAAGAGCUGGUUUUCUGCUGACACCAAGGAAGAGCGUGCAGAGUGGAUGGAGAAGCUAAACCAAGCCCUGUUGGACCUGAGGACAUGGCAACCUAUUCUAUCAGAUCAAUGCCCCCAACAACAGGGAGGACAAGACAGCUCCUCCUUAAGCAGCAGCCGGGAGAGUGUUUUAUAGGACUAAGGAGGGGCAUUAUGACAUUUGUAAAGAUUUAUAUUCCCCCUUUACUUCAGUGAAGGAGAAAGUUGGUAAAAUCCUUGCUUCUAUUAAAUCUCUUCCCUGCUGUUGCAACAAACCAUUUUUUCCCCAACCUAUAGACAGGUUUUUAUAACUGCAAAGCUGUUUGUUUUAGUGCUCAGGUUUUAAUUGCACAUUGAGUUUUAAAAGUUGUUCCUGUGGUGGUGUCAAACACUGAAGUAUGGAGAUGGCUUUCAUUCCAAAGCACACUCAGUAGACUUGGGGAAGUAAGUAGUACAAUACUAGGAAGUAAUAGUGUUAACUAAUUGUUUUAAUCAAAAUUCUCCAAGUAGUUUUAGGUGCUGAUUUAAAUAUAAAAUGUACUGUGUGUUUGAAAGAAUGUAAACACAAAUUUUGGUAUUCCACUAUUCAUAGUUAUGUUUAAAAUAGCUGUUUGCAGUAUAUAGCUAAUAACUAGUGAGUUAAUAUUUAUAUGUUCACACGAUUUGUUUACUGGUUUUAAAACUAUGCAUAAGGAGUCUGGUAUAGAAAGACACUGAAAUUGAUCAGUGUUCCUGUAUCAUGAGAUUAUAUUGAUGCAGCAAUUUGUACAAAAAACAGCUUGUUCACUUAGAUUCCUAGACCCUAAGGCACUUUAGCAUGCUACAACAGUGCUACCUGGGAUGUGUCUAAUGUCGUAGAUACUGAAGAUUUGGGUGCAAUAUAGGCAGGUCUUUUUGGGGCGGGUGGUGGGGCACAUCUGCCUGUAAUGUGUAUUAACAUGGACAAGGGGGUAUAAUAAAUGCACUUUCUUGGAGAUGAGGGAUGAUCAGAUCUCUCGCAAGAUCUAUCUCAAUUUUCUGUAUUUUGGUUGGAAGGUCAUUUUAUUGGCUAUUGUACCUUCCUGUCUUUUAAGGAACACUGAACAGCAGCUGGCAUGACUGGCACACAAACAAUUAGUGUUUUUAUUGUGAUAACACUACAUUCAAGACAAGGUGAAACAGUUCAGAAAUUGGACAACCAAGUGCUCCACAACAUCAAAUUAUAGGAUGUAGUGUCGUUUUUGCACAGUCUAGCUGCUUCUAAAGUAUACCAUCUCGGUGGUCUUGGAGUUGACUGGUUCUAGAUCGGUACAGAACACUAUGAUAUUGCUGCACAUCUUAACUGUUUGUAUAUAUAUUAAUGUGUCUUUCUGUUGUAUGUCUUGCUCUAUAAUGAUAUAUGUUCUAUAUAAAGGUGAUAUGAACUAUUUUUAAAAAAAAAUAAAUUCACUGUAUUUGACAGCA